AAUGCAUCAAGGUGUACGGAGUCUGUCUGCGCACGUCGCGUUUGCGUUGCUUCUUAUGAAAGCCUCUCUCUCUCUCUCUCUCUCUCUCUCUCUCUCUCUCUCUCUCUCUCUCUCUCUCUCCUGCCUCUCCUCCUCAGAUUCAGUUUUAGUAUCGACCUCCCUCACGCAGCAUCUCUGCUCUACAUCCUCCGUCUCCGCCCUCCACCCUCCGCCUCAGCCCAGCGCCGCUUCCUUCCUCUGCAGGUGGAUGGAGACUGGAAGCCCCGGAGUAACGAGCCGAGAUGCCCGGGCCCCGCUGCUGUCAGACUGCUGAGCACCUCCCUUCGCGCCGGGGACCACAUCCUUAAAUGACCCGCGGCUAAGGAGGGGGUGUAGCUCCGGAUCCAGCGCCCCGGAUCAUGGCAUGCUGCCCACCCCGGGCAUCCAGCACUGACCAUGGGGCUCCGGUCCAGGACCGUCGCUAGCGGCUCUGAGGAGCACAAGAAGAGCUCCAGCGCUGCCGCCGGGGACUUAUUGGACCAAGGCGCCGGGGGAGCGGACAAGGAUGGCGCCCUGCUGCUCGUGUCUUCGGGCCGGGAUGACUACAAGCGGGGCUCUCAGGGCAUCGGCAUCGGGCUGCUGGCCAAGACCCCCCUGAACUACACCCGGCCGGCCAAGAGGAAUAACAUCCGGAAGAGGAGGAUCCAGAACCUGCUGUACGACGCGCUGGAGAGGCCGAGAGGAUGGGCGCUACUCUACCACGCGUUCGUGUGAGUACCCAAAGCGUUUUUCUACAACUUGUUCAGGCUUAUUAGUGUUACCAGAAGCAGCUGGGAGCCUGCUGGGAGUCUGUGUGAUGUUAUGAAGGCUUGUUCUGCACUGAUGUGGAGUCCAGGGAGGCUGUGACCUCACACUGGUGUAGGGAAAAGCUUCCUCCUGUUUAGUUUGUUCUGUCUCUGUCUCCGUUAAAUGGAAGUGCAAUUUGAGGUUUUCAGCUGUUUCUAUGGUGCCUAAAUGUGAAAAGAAUAGUUGAUUAAUUCAAAUGAAAUCUCUAUAAAGUUUAAUGCAGUGCUUAUUUCUUGAUAAACUUCACAUUGAGCUUGAUAAAUCCACCCUUUGUUUUGAUGCUGUGCUGUUUUUUUUCCGGCUGAUUCGUGGUUUCACUUGUGGGUUUUUUUUUGUUUUUUUUGCAGCCCUGGAUUGCUCAGCUGAGUUGUUAUUUUGAGUUUUCAAACACCACUCAAACCAAACCAAACUUACAUAAGAAGAGCUUCGCACAGAUGGAUGAUGAAGUGUGGAGCAUGAUCAGCGUGAAUCAAACGGCUGAGCUCAGAGUUUGAAAAGGCUGCUCCUGCUCCUGCUCUUUGUUUUUGUCUUAUUAAAUGAUUCCAGUGUCCGGCUGGGUAUUUAAGCUCACAUUACCAGCUUUCAUACUGUCUCCAAAGUGAGCACAGGUUUGUUGAGAUCAUGUCUGGACGAAGCAGCAUGCAGUAGUACUUUUAUUUCAUUUGAAAGUCCAUCAUGAUGAACCAGAUAUCUCCUUCAGAUUUGAAACUGUACGGACGUAUAAACCAGACUUGUCAUACUUUUUUGCAACUCUCCAAGAAGCAACGCAUUAGCAACUAAAAUAAUCCUCGCCAUGUAACCACAUUCCUCUGCAGUGCAUGGCGUGCUCGGGCUGUUUCAGGGUCAGAGGUCAGAAAUACAAACGAGCACCAGCAGCAGAAAACAGUGCACGCUGAAACCAAACCCUGAAAUGUGUUUUCUUAUGUCAACAAAGAGGUAAUGAUGUCUAAGAGCAGGACGGGCUGUUUUUUUUCAUAUUUUCAAAUUUGUUUCUGUCAUUUUCUUAUAUCAGUGUGUCUCGUUAAACUAAUUUAAUUUCCAGAAGUAUUUAAGUUAAUUUACAUUUCAAGAGUAAACAGUAAAUACUGUGUUUUAUCUACCUGUUAAGAUUAAGACGCUGGCCCUUUAAGAGAGGCUCAGUGAAGAAGACACAGA